AUAACACUCGCUACAUUGUCUCUCACUCUCUCCUCAAUAAACUGUGUGUAUGAAAUGUGUUUGUAUUGAGGGACAAAUUUUCAACACAAAGUAACAAAAAGAAACAAAUAUCAGAAUCAAUAUUCAAAGUUCAAACACUACAAUUUUAUCUCUUUCUGAUAUUGCAAAACUCGUGAAUUUGAAGCGGAAUUAUCGAUUUCUGAAAUGGAAGACGACGGCGGAGGCGGUGGCGGAGGUCGCCGGAGUCUGCGUUACGAGUUCAGUAGAGAACCGAACGGUUCAACGGCUGGAGUGACUCUCGGCGGAAUCCUUUCGAUCAAGGAAACGUCGUCGUACCGGAUCCAGAAUCGGACGCUUCUAGAUCUUAUCCGUAACGAUCCGACUAGUGGAAACGAGUCGAAUGACUCGAAGAAAUCGUGGAAGAUGUUCAGAGAGAAACUCCGGUUGAAACUCGCCGGCUCGGUGUGUACAACCACCACACCGAUUCUCGCUUCUCUUGUGCAUAUUAACACCGACAACAACCGUACAACGACGGAAAAUGAUACGAAUCGGUUGAUUUCACAGCCGUUGAGGAACAUUAAUGGCGUACCGGUUCCGGUUACGCAAACUGCAAAUAGUACGAAUCUGCUGAAUUCACCGUCGGUGACUGACACUAACACAAGUAGCGUGCCGGUUACGCAACCUGUUAACAGUACGGAUCGGUUGAAUUCACCGCCUGUGAGUAACUCCGGCAGCGUAACGGUUACGCGAACUGUGAAUAGUACGAAUCCGUUGAAUUCACCGCCGGUGAGUAACACUAACACUAGUAGCGUGCCGGAUACGCAAACGGUGAACGUACGGGGCGAACCGCCGGUGGAGGAAUAUGAGCGAACGACGACGGCGGAGGAAAGUCGUGACGGCGGUGACGGAGGAGGAGCGGAGACGGUGAAGAUGUCGUUGAUGUCGUUGUUAGAAGUGGAAGGAUCUGCGUAUUUUGAUGAAGAGGAGGUGGCAGCAGGCGGUGGUGGUGGUGGUGGUGGAGAGUACAAUAACUGUUGCGUGUGCAUGGUAAGACAUAAGGGUGCAGCAUUUAUCCCCUGUGGUCACACAUUCUGCAGACUCUGUUCAAGGGAGCUUUUUGUCAAAAGAGCAAAUUGUCCGUUGUGUAAUAACUUCAUUUUGGAAAUUCUUGAUAUCUUUUAGUUUAAUUUUUCCAGUUUUUUUAUGGUUA